AUGUUGCAUCCGAAACUGAGUCGCGUGUUGAAAGUGAUUUACUCCCAUUCUGUAGUUUUUGCUCUGAUGGGCACUACAUUAAAGAUACGGUCGUACAAGAAAUCCAUACGUUUGGAUAAGCUUUCGUGGACUUACAUAACUUACAGUUUAUUUAUUAGCACUUACAUGCUUUCAAACAGUUAUUUUAUGGUACCUCAGGAGUUUCUAGAUGGCUAUAUAAAAAAUAACAUAAUCCUGCGGUGUAGCUUUUCUUUGAUGGUGGGACUAGGAUUUAUGGAAAUGGCAAGCUGUUACGGAACAAUUUGGCUUAAACGCCAGGAAAUCAUUCAGUUCUACAAGAACUCGUUGAACUACUGGACCAGGUUUAAGAUCCUUAUGAAAACAACAGUGAAUAAACAAGAACUCAAGGACUUGCAACUUUCGCUAGCAAGCAGAAUGCGUAGAGAAAUAAUGGUGCUAUAUGGCGGUUUCGUAUUCUCCACGGUGGUACAAUACCAACUAGUAAGUGUAUUGAACAAUCGCACUAUAUUGGCUUUCGGUGCACGGAUAACGCACAUGCUACACUUCGUUGCAGUAAAAAUGGGCUUCUAUACCAUACUCAUACUGUUGGAGCACCAGUUUAAGGUCAUCCAUCUAGCUCUACAUUUUAUCGAAAAAGAGCAGAACAGAAAACAGUGGAAAAUACUGAGUUCCAUUGCUUCUUUUCACUUGGAAACUCUUCAGUUGGCCAGAAAAAUAUUUCGAGUGUACGAUAUUUCCAAUGCCACGCUUUUUAUUAACAUGUUUACGUCCACAAUAAAUAUCCUUUAUCAUGCGGUUCAGUUUGGCAAUGAAAGCAUUCAACAUGAUGGUUGGGGAGCUCUUUUUGGCAACGGACUGAUCAUUUUCAACAUCUGGGGAACCCUCAUGUUACUUAAUACGCUGGAAAGAGCGGUGAGCUCAUGUAAUUACACUGGCGAGCAGCUAAAGCAGUUUAACGAUCUGCCAAUAACGAGCAAAAAUUUUCAAAGGGAGUUGGAUAAAUUUGCAACUCAUCUAAGGAACAACCGAUUGGUCUACAAAAUCGUCGGACUUGUGGAACUGAACAAACCUGCCGGCCUCAGUUAUAUCGCCUCGAUCUUUACCAACCUCAUUAUUCUUAUGCAGUUUGAUUUAAGACUGCCACAACAGCAAAACAUUCAUUAACAGUAUAUUAGUAAUACUUAAGAAAUUAUA